AUGGGUAAUAACAUAUCAAGUACUGCUGCAUCAAUAGCGACAGCGGGCAUUGACAGCUAUGUGAGUGAACUCGGGGAUGUACAAUAUGAGAAAAGUUUAAGCAGUGCACGCUUUAUGAAAACCAUUCGUGGACGACACAAGGAUAGCACUGUUGUGGUGAAAAUAUUUAUCAAACCUGAACCAGGGUUAUCUUUAUCACAUAUCGUGAAGGCACUUGAAGAGGAAAAAGAUACUUUAUCUGAAGUGCCUAAUGCUUUUGCCUAUCAACGUAUACUCGAAACCGAGAAGGCUGGCUACCUGAUAAGGCAAUACUUCUUCAGUAGUCUUUAUGAUAGAAUAAGUACGCGUCCUUUUUUAAAUUUGAUCGAGAAAAAAUGGAUAACAUAUCAGAUACUUUGCGGUGUUCACGAUGCACAUACUCGUGGGAUAUACCAUGGUGACAUAAAGACAGAAAAUGUGUUAGUGACAUCAUGGAAUUGGGUGUAUUUGGCAGACUUCGCUGGAUAUAAACCUACAUAUUUACCCGAGGAUAAUCCUGCAGAUUUUUCGUUCUUCUUUGAUACUUCGAUGCGUCGAAUAUGUUAUUUAGCACCUGAGAGAUUUUAUAAACGUCAUAGUGAAAUUGAUCGAAGGAAGGCAGAACUUGAAUUUGGCGAGAAAGAUGGUGCUAUCACUCCAGCUAUGGACAUAUUUUCAUUAGGAUGUGUAAUUGCCGAACUUUUUCUGGAAGGCACCGCAAUAUUUUCAUUAUCACAAUUAUUUAAGUAUAGAAGUGGGGAAUAUGACCCAAGUGCUGACUUGAAUAAAAUCGAAGACUCAGAUAUCAGGGCAUUGGUUAAGCACAUGAUAAAUUUAGAUCCAUCCAAACGAUAUACGGCCGAACAAUAUCUACAAGAAUGGAAAGGAACAGCUUUUCCACACUAUUUUUAUACCUUUUUACAUCAAUAUGUUGGCUCUGUGACCGAGAAUAGUCAUUCUCCGGGUCUUGAUCCAAAUACACCUGCUAGUCAUAUUAAAGACCCAAGCGGGGCACCAAAUACAAUUAUUAAUACUGAUGCCGAUGAUAAAAUAGAGAGAAUAUAUCAUGACUUUGAUAAGAUUGCAUUUUUUCUUGGUUUUUACGGAGAUAAUUCAGAUGAAGGAGAGCUAACCAUUAACUCGGAAUAUUACGAGGGUGAGGUCGAAAAUGGUGACGGUCGAAGACUUGUAUCUAUUGGUGGUCGUGAUGGAAAAGUAGGCGAACGUUCUUCACAGGCAUAUCCAGCAAAAGAAUCGUCUAAUCCAACGAACUCAAUUUCUGUUCAAAUAAAUAUCCCUAAUUAUUAUAUUUCAUCGAAAUCGGGAAACAAACUACCAAAUAAAACUGCAGGUGAUGAAUUUGAUGGCGGGGCUCUUAUUUUCCUUUCUCUUAUUUGUGCGACCGUCAGAAACACAGCAUAUCCAACUUCAAAGCUUCAUGCAUUAGAGAUGCUACUGGCUAUUGGUCAGCACUUGGAAGACGAAUUUAAAUUAGAUAGGCUUGUCCCUUACCUAAUUGCUCUGCUUAGUGAUAAAGUUGCUUUGGUGCGAGCAAAUACAGUUAAAACUUUGACGCAUUUGCUUUCAAUGGUUGAAACUAUCACUCCUUCGAAUGCUAUGAUUUUUCCAGAAUAUAUCCUCCCACAAUUACGUAUAUUUGCAACCGACCCCGAAAUUCUUGUGCGGAUGACAUAUGCACAGUGUAUUUCCACGUUGGCUGAGAUUGCACUAAGAUUUUUAGAGUUGACUCAGGGUUUCAAAUCAGAUGGUGGUUUGACUACACUGGAUACAGAUAGCGAAAUCGAAGGAACCUAUGAGGCUUCUUAUGAUACAAACCUUCACGAUUUGCAAUCCUUAAUUCAAGAGCAAGUUACGACUCUUCUAAUCGAUCCUGAAAGUGCUGUAAAACGUGCAUUACUUGAGAACAUUACCAGUCUUUGCAUUUUCUUUGGUCGACAGAAAGCGAAUGAUGUUUUAUUAAGUCAUAUGAUAACUUAUUUAAAUGACCGGGAUUGGAUGCUAAGAUGCGCCUUCUUUGAAAGCAUUAUUGGAGUGGGAACCGUUGUGGGUGGACGUAGUUUAGAAGAAUAUAUUUUACCGUUAAUGAUUCAAUCCCUAACUGAUUCCGAAGAAUUUGUGGUUGAAAAAGUUUUAAAUUCCCUCACUAGCCUAGCUGAACUCGGAUUGUUUCAGAAAAUGAAGAUAUGGGAAUUAGUGGGAAUCAUUUCUUCUCUAUUAUGUCACCCCAGUAUAUGGAUACGAUAUGGUGCAGUAGCUUUCAUAUCAUCAGCAUCUAAGUUAAUGCCAGCAACUGAUGUCUGGUGUAUAGUAUAUCCGAUAAUCCGGCCUUUCUUACAAGCAGAUGUUGUUGAUUUGUCCGAACUACAGUUAUUGGAAAAUGUCAAAGAUCCGUUAUCACGUGCGGUAUUCGACGAAGUACUUUCAUGGGCAAGUAAAGCAACAAAUAAGUCACUAUUUUGGAAACAAGCAAGAGAACGAAAAAACAACAAACAAGGCACAUCGACUCUUUCGUCGGGCUCCGUUUCUGCAAUCGCAAUGUUAUCACGAAGGUCAUCGACGUUAGCUGUCAACGCGGAAAAAGUUGUGAAAUCCGAAGAAGAUGCGAUGUAUUUAGAUAAACUAAGAAAUCUUGGAAUGUCCUAUGCAGAUGAGGAAAAUUUAGCUGCGAUGCGUGAUUAUAUUUUUAAAUUGUCUAAAUCUAAACAAAAUGCUCGGGAUAGAUCACAGAACCCUGACGGUAUAGAGAUGGAUGCUGGUGGUAAAAAAAUUGAUAUGAAAAAACAUGGAUAUUUGCCAUAUAACGUAUUUUUGACAAGUGCACCUGAAGAUAAAGUGAUUCCUCAAACUAGUUCUGCUCCUUUCCGUCUUCCUGGAGCUUUAAGUAGCAAGUUAUCACUUAACGAUAAUUCCAAUACAGCAUACGUGUCUAGGGUUAAUAAUGAGACCAAUUUGCAGGCGCAGAGGCAGAAUGGUCGCAAUCGUCGAAUAUCGAAUACUGGUCAAGCGGAUUCAGGAAGUGACAUUAACAAAAGUUCUGGUAAAAAAAGUGCACCAGUUCCAAUCCCAGUUAUUCCUAAUCUUGCGGUAAUCUCAUCUACUCCUCCAAAAAAUGAACAAUCAAUCCAUUUAAAUAUUGCCUCAAGUCCUUCCAAUGUUAUUACUUCAUCGGUAGCAACACCUUUACGUGAAAGGCAUAUGGCAUUGGGUGGGGGCAGGUCUAUUGAUGGGCCGAAAGCUGCUCCUGCGACAAGUACGAAUACAACAACAGCUAAAGGCACUUUAGAAAGAGGUGAUGCAGAAAUCCCUAUUGUUAAACAAGGAGUUGCUCAGAACUCUGCACUUGCUCCAAUCAAUGAGAUAUCAUCAAGAAUUCAAAAACAAACACGACCAAUUCCAAGAGCUCACGUUUCUAGUACAUAUGAGGGGAAUGAUAGGAAUGUCAAAUUAUUACUGGAUAAUCUAUUUUUACAACAAUUUCCAGACGAGAUGACAGAGUUUGGUGAAAAGAAAAGUAAGCAAAUUUCACCUCGUCAAGGAAGAGUACCAAAAGGAAUAAAUGCAUUGAGAACAAUUACAAAUUGGCGUCCAGAAGGUACCCUAGUAGCUCAUCUUACCGAACAUAAAGGAGCUAUCAAUCAAAUUUGUGUAUCUCCUGAUCACAAUUUCUUUGCAUCGGGAUCGGAUGAUGGAACGAUAAAAAUAUGGGAUUGCGGACGAUUAGAAAAGAACGUUACCAGUAGAUCAAGAUUGACUUAUAAUUUAUUAGGGAGUCCAAUAAAAUGUAUGACAUUCAUCGAUAGUACACAUAGUAUUGCCGCUGCAUCAAAUAAUGGUAGUAUUCACAUUAUUUUUGUUGAAUUUACUCCGGGAAAUAAUACCGGAAAGUAUGGAAAACUACAGACUAUACGAGAAUACUAUCUAGAAGAGGAGUUUGCUGUUGCUAUGCAUCACUACUACACAGACAACAACAAAGAAUCAAUGCUGCUUUAUGCUACUUCAACUGGAAAUAUUUGUGGACUAGACUUGCGAACGAUGCAAAUUGCAUGGACUUUUGAGAAUCCAAAGAGCCAUGGUGUAAUCACCGCAAUGGUGACCGAUAAAAGUCAUAAAUGGCUUUUGGUUGGUACUUCGCGAGGUAUAUUCACACUAUGGGAUCUUCGGUUUCGCAUACAAUUAAGGUCAUGGGUUCACCCGACCAAAAGUAGAAUAAGUAAAUUGUUGUUGCAUCCGCAGGUUGGUCCGAAUCGGUGGUGGGUGAUAAUUGCAGCUGGGAAAAAUGAGAUUUCCGUGUGGGAUAUAGAGAAGGUGGAGUGUAAAGAAGUGUAUUUAGUGAGAAGUGGUGACGAAAAAAUGGGUGGUGUAUCAUUGGACACAUUCAAGGCUAUUGAUCCUCCCGGAACUAGCGAUAUAUUAAGAAGCGCAUUUACCGCGCAUGAAACAAAUUUUUCAGCCGAUAAUUCAGUCAGAGCUGUACUUUAUCCACAUGACUGUAAUUACAUGAUAACCGCUGGUUCAGAUCGAAAGAUACGAUUCUGGGAUCGAAAUAAAAUUCAAGAUUCAUUUGUUAUUUCUGGAUUGGAUGUUGAUGAAUCAAAACCAGCUUAUAGCACCAAACAAUUCGAACAUAUAUCUGUACACUUUGAGUCACAUCCACAUUCUCGCUCAAGUGGCUCAACAACAAAUUCAAGUAGCUUAUCCCGAGAUGGUGGUGGAGGGUCGUCGAGCAAUAAACGAAGCACAUCUAAGAGCAAAGGAGCCAAUGCACGGGCCGGUUUAGUUGCAAUGCAACAACAGCAGCUACUAAAGAAUCAUCUGGAUUGUGUUAACGAUAUUCAAAUCACCGAGGUUCCGUAUCCAAUGCUAAUAACAGGAGAUCGGGAGGAAAUCAUCGAAUGGCGAAAAAAAUUCAAAAAGUAUAAACCACUAUCGACGCCAAAACGUUGUGUGAAUUGCAGAGAAAAAGCGGUCAAAGAAGCGUAUCAUACCUUGUGCAAAAAAUGUGCAGAUGAAAAAGGCAUAUGUGCGAAAUGCUUGGAACAUGCGGAAAUCCCUUCGAAUGACACAAAGAAAGAUGGUUUAGCAGAAGAAAAAGAACGUGAUCGGAUAUUUGCAACGUUAUCAGAGCGUCAACGGCGAACAUACCUUCGUAAAUUAGAACGCGCUUUGACGAAAACCGAAGAAUUUAAUGUUUCAUCUACAUGCAAAGGGUGA